AUGCCGUCUAGUUCUGAAGAGGCACAAGCCCUCGGCCACUCAGAGUUUUGGGACGAACGGUAUGCAAAGGCUGAUGGUGAUAAGCCAACGCACGAAUGGUUCCGCGCUUUCGAUGAGCUGGAGCCAUUCUUCAAAAAGCAUUUGUUUGAUAAGAGGUGCGACGAAGGAAAAGAUGCGAAAAUUCUUCAUUUGGGCAGCGGAGAUAGUACCGUCCCAUACGAUCUUCUAGAGCGAGGAUAUACGAACCAGCUCUGUAUUGAUUUCUCCGCGGUGGUCGUGGAUCUGAUGAAAUUGCGACACCCUGAUAAACCCCAGGUAGAAUGGAGAGUUGGCGAUGUCCGGGAUAUGAAAAGCAUCGAUAGCAAAUCCGUGGAUGUCGCCUUUGACAAAGGUACAUUAGAUGCCAUGAUUUACGGCAGUCCUUGGAGUCCGCCUGAAGAGGUUAUGGACAAUAGCGGGAGGUACAUCAGUGAGGUUUGGAGGGUCUUGAAAGACGAUGGUGUCUUUCUUUACAUCACGUACCGGCAACCGCACUUUGUCAAGCCUAUCCUUAAUCGGAAGAAUGAGUGGAAUCUAGAUAUGGAUAUUAUGGGUGGAGGCGACAGUUUCCAGUACUUCGGUUUCAUCCUCAAGAAGAAUACCUCGGACGUGAGCUAA